CUCCUUCUCCCCUCUCUCUCCCUCCUCAACCCCCCUCACCCUCGCCCUCUUCGUCAAAAAAAUGGCCCCAUCCCUCUCGAGCCGGCGGCCUUGAGCGCCACGCCCUCACGCUCCACCUCGCCCUUGCGGAACGCGGCCACCAAAUCCAUAUUUUCACCACCACCCCUCAAAAUCCCCCUCUACAACCUUCCCCUCACCCUAACUUGCACUUCCAUUUCAUCAAACCCACCCCUUCGGGCUUCCUCAACCAAGCCCGAGCGGUGGACAAGUUUCGUGAGCUCAACAGAACCCAUCUAUUCGAUCUAAUCCACACAGAGAGCGUCGCCCUCUCACACGCGAACGCGCUCACCAUGCAGUGCAAUGUUGUGGCCUCGUGGCAUGGCUUCGCGUACGAGACGGUGAGCUCCGACCUCGCGAUGGACCUUACGCGGGAGCCCAAGGAGCCACGCCCCCUGAGCCUACACCAAAGGCUGGCCUCUCGCCUCUUCUGGAUCAUCGAUGAGAUCAAUUUCUUUGGUGAUUACUCGCACCAUGUUGCAACAAGCGACCACGCAGGCGAUGUACUGCGGCGCGUCUACAUGCUGCCCCCAGAUCGCGUUCAUGUCAUAUUGAACGGGGUCGACAAUGGUUUUUUCCGGCCAGACCCUCCUCGCGGUGCAAUUUUUCGCCGAAACUUCGGAGUCCCUGAAAAUGCCAGUCUGGUGUUUGGGUUAGCAGGGAGAUUAGUUAAGGACAAAGGCCACCCCCUCAUGUUUCAAGCUCUUAUACAAAUUUUGAAAGAUCGCAAUAACAGUGGAGUUUUUGUAUUGGUUGCAGGGGAUGGGCCAUGGGGGAAGAGGUAUAGAGAAUUGGGGCCAAAUAUAUUAGUUUUGGGACCUUUAGAGAGAGAAAGGCUUGCUGGUUUUUACAAUGCAUUGGAUGUUUUCGUGAACCCCACGCUUAGGGCUCAGGGUCUAGACCAUACUCUGCUUGAGGCCAUGGCCUCUGGUAAGCCGGUUAUGGCGACUGGUUUUGCUAGUAUUACAGGUUCGGUGAUUGUUGGUGAGGAGGUUGGGUACACUUUUUCACCUACUGUUGAGUCUUUGAAAGUUUCUCUCUCUAGAGUUUUAGCAGAGGGGAAAGGGGUUUUCGAUAAGAAGGGGGAGAAGGCUAGAGAGAGAGCGGCGAAGCUCUUCACUUCUGCGAAAAUGGCGGCCGCUUACGAGCGCCUGUUCCUUUGUCUCUCUCCUCGUCACAGAAAAAAUGGUGGAUUGGAUUUUUGUCGAUACCCACUUCCCUCUGAUCAGUGAUAAAGCAUGCUCUGUUCCUCUCUCUAGAACCCCUGUUUCUGUGGAUUUCUCUCUCUAUAAUAUAUCUUUAGAGAGAGAGAGAGCUGGUGCUCUUCUGUUUUGUGCUAGCCAAAAAGAGGAAUUGCAUUUUCGUGGACGCCCACUUACCUCUGAUUAGAUAUUAAAGAUUGAGCGUGCUCUUGUUUCUCUCUCUACCCCUG